CUGAUCCCAGCCGCAACCUCCCCUUGUUUAACCUCUUCGAAACGAUAAACCUUUGGCAGGUCACAUUCUACGGAUCCCCCAAUUUUUAUUUUUUUUUAAAAAGAAAAUGUCAUGGCUGGCUCGUUCCCUGGCAAACUCUCUCCGACUCGAUGGCGACGGCGACGAUGAAAACGACAUCGCACUCGACCCUCCAACUACCUCAUCAGGAAGCUACCCGCAACACCAACGUCAACCACAAGAAAAUGCACUUGGAUCAGAAGAAGAUGAAGAAGGUGAUGAUGAAGAAACGCAAGGGCGUGGGGUCAAAGAGGACCUUGACGAAAUCAAGCAAACCCUAACUCGUCAAUUUUGGGGAAUGGCUUCCUUCCUCGCUCCGCCCCCAACAGGUUCCCAAUCUGAUGAUCCCACCCCAGCCUCAGCCCCAUUCAUUUCCAAUCAAUUCGAUUACUCUGUGUCUGAGAAUGGAAAUGAACAACAAGAAGUGUUUGACGCUGCAAUUUCCAAUCAAUCUUAUUCUUCCGACGUGGAACAAGGAACAUUCCCCGUGGAUGACCCGAAUCCGGACCCGAAUUUGGUUUCCUUUGGAUCGGAUUCGGAAGGGAAUCGGGAACCGGAGUGUGCUCUCGAACGCGCGGUUGGAAUUACAGAGGAGGUAUUAGCCUUCGCCAUGAAUAUCUCCAUGCAUCCCGAGACAUGGUUGGAUUUUCCUAUUGACGAGGAAGAAGACACCGAGGAUUUUGACAUGUCCGACGCCCAACGAGAGCAUGCAUUGGUCAUUGAAAGACUUGCCCCUAGAUUAGCUGCUCUCAGAAUUGAACUAUGUCCUUGCCAUAUGAGUGAAAGUUACUUCUGGAAAGUCUAUUUUGUACUUUUGCAUUCAAGGCUCAAUAAACAAGAUGCAGUGAUUUUGUCUACACCCCAGGUCAUGGCAGCUAGAGCAAUGUGGAUGCAAGAAUUGCAGAAACAAAUGAAGCCUGAAUUUGAAUUUUGUGGAAGAAAUACUCUCUACUCGAGAGACAAUGCUCAGCACGAUGAUUUUGCUCCCAGCUUAUCACAUGACACCUAUCCUGAUGACAUGCCACAUCGGACAUAUGGUUAUGAAACGACCUCUUUGUCCACGAUGGCAGAUUACGAGACUGAGAAGCAUGCUGUUGAAAGUUCUGAAACACAUUUCACUGAUAAGUCUGUUAUUGAAGAAAAUCCAAUCACUAAAACUGAGAACAAGGAUCUAAGAUGUGGUCGAUCUUCUCAAAUUAUUAUUCAGGACUAUGGUGAUGAUGAUGAUGAUGACUGGCCAGAGGAAGAUUCUGAUUUAGGGGGAUAUGAUGGAACAACUCUCCCGGUGGUGAAUGGAGAAGACAUAUCUUUCAGUGAUCUCGAGGAUGAUGAUUAUGGCAUUAAACCUGUUAGUUCCAACACAGGUUCAAAGGUGAUGUGAAACUUCAAUCCAGAUGACAUGAUUGUGGUUAUUUAGGGCCAUUAGGUUCUCAUUCAGAAGUAAAAACAGUAAAGAAAGUUGCCUGAUGUUGGGAAAAACCUGGGUAUUGGUGUCUCGAGCAUUCUUCUGUACGUAAUGAAUGGUAAGCGAAGUUGUGAAAGUUCCAAGAUGCUAUUUGAGGCUGUAAAACGAACUUGUUAUGCCUUUUUUCCUUACAUUUUUUUUGCCGCAAGGUGGAUGCCGGAAACAACUCAAAUGAAAAGGAAAAGUGGAGCUAAGACUGAUACUUUUGAUCCGUGUUUUUUGGAGAUCGGAAACGAGAUUGUGGGUUGAAAUAUAUGCAUCAAUCCGACCGACAGCUGUUUCAGAACAUACAUCAUAUAGGUGCUAGAAGUGUAUAUAAAAUGUUAUGUGUCUCGUCAAAUACAGAAUUUGAAUUUUCUCCUAUUCUUAUGGCGGUUGUAGUAGGGUUUGGGGUGCUCUUUCUUUCUCUUUUUUUGGUGUUGUCCUCCUGAUUGCCUUGCUGUCAACUGUGUUUGAGAACAAUAAAGUGAUUAUUUGAAUGACAAUGACUGAU